AUGGUUCCCAAAGUUUGGCAACUAAUUCUCAUCCGAUCCACACUUGGAUUCAUGAAUAUUCUCGCGUUUUUGAGUUUUGCUCGAUCGAUUCAACGAAUUUUUGGAAGUAUCACUGCGUUUUAUUUGAGGUUGGUAUUAUUUUUGGAUUUUGGAGAAAAAUAUGAAACAUUUUUCAGAAUCAUAAUUGCAACACAAUUUCAUUAUAUAUUUUAUAUUUCUCGACCGCUCCCAAAUACAUUUGCUUUACUUUUUGUUAUGAUUGUUUUCGAAAGAAUUCUCGAAAAUAGGCUUGAAUCAGCUGUGAGAUGGGCAACAGCUUCUGUAUUUUUGUUUAGGUGAGCAAAUUUCCGAUCAUUUAUCAAUAAGUUCAAUUUUUAGAUGUGAACUUGUUCUUUUAUAUGGCCCACUUUUUCUACCAUAUUUUUUAAAUGGUCGCCUUCCAUUUUUUGGUCAUGAUGGUGCAAUUCCAAAUGGUAUUCGAGUUUCUUCGCUUUGCUUAGCUUUAACACUUCCAAUUGAUUCAUAUUUUUGGCAAAGACCUGUUUGGCCAGAAGGAGAAGUUGCAUAUUUCAAUAUUAUUCAGAAUAAAAGUCAUGAAUAUGGGGUAAGUCUUCAUAUCAAACAAUAUAUCUAUUAUUUUUUGAAUAAUUCCAGGUUUCUCCGUUCCUCUGGUAUUUUUAUUCUGCUUUGCCACGUGCUCUACUAUCUUCAAUAUUUCUUGUCCCUCUUGGUUUAUUAUUGGAUCGUCGACUUUAUUCCUUGGUUUUCCCUGCAUUUUUCUUUGUUCUUCUCUACAGUUUCUUGCCACACAAAGAACUUCGAUUCAUUAUUUAUGUAUUUCCACUUUUCAAUCUAGCCACAGCGAUUUUCUGCGCAAGAAUGUUAGUUCGGUUUGUGUUCUCUAUGAUAAAAAUGGCAUAAUUUCAGGUAUAUCAAUCGCACAAAAAAUGUGAUUCGCUGGUUCCUUUAUUUCGGUUGCCUUUGUCAUUUAUUCGCCAAUUUAGUUGUUGCUGGAACUUUGCUUUUGGUUUCAUCGAGAAAUUAUCCAGGAGCUGAUGCAAUUAAUCAUUUACAUGUGAGUCAAUUUUUGAAAGUUUGUAACUUUUGCCUGACAAUUUUUGAGUUCAAAGUAAAUUUAUUUUUUUAUCAAAAAAAAAAAAUAAAAAUCCUAACUAAGCCUAAGCGUAAAACCCUAACUAAGCCUAAGCCUAAAGGCCUAUCUAAGUCUAAGCCUGAAAUCCUAACUAAGCCUAAGCCUAUGCAUAACCCCAGUGCUGAGGAUACGUCUAAGUUUAAGCCUACCUGUGGUCCCAUUCUGAAAAAAUUUCAAUGGGGUCCCAUUCGUACUCAUACAAAUAUUCAACGGGGUCCCUUUUUUGCGGGGUCCCAUUCAGACAAUUCAAAAAAAUGCUGUGGUCCCAUUUUAUUAUUUUGGGAUCCCAUUCAUCACGACGAUUUUUAAAGACCGGGGUCCCAUUCAGCAUGGGGUCCCAUUCAGUCAUUUGGGGUCCCAUUCAUUAUUUACCAUCUUCCUCCCCCUUCCAAACUUCUGAAUUCAUCUAAAUGUCAUAUUUUCAGUUCCAAUUACGCUCUGAUUUCCAUAAACCAGUUAAUGUUUAUAUUGACAAUGCUUGUGCUCAAACUGGUGUUAGUCGAUUCACAGAAGCCAGUCCAUUUUGGAUGUGAGUUAUUUUCUAUUCGAGAAUUUAUUCAUUCAACAAUUUUGUUUUCAGAUAUAACAAGACUGAAAAUUUGAAGCCUGAUGAUUUGAAAGAUUUUGAUAUUCUGGUAAUUGGAACUUAUGGUUCGAACUUGAAAGAAGAGGUUAACGACAAAUUCUCGAAACAUCACAAACUUUUAUAUUUUGUCAGCGCGUUCCACACGUAUAACAUUGAGUGAGUUGUUUUUUUAUUCAAGAAAAAAAUCAAAUGAUCCAAAAUUAUUGAAGAUAUCUUGGUAAAUUUCCUUGGAUUUAUCCAACUAUAACGUAUUCUGAAAAAGCUGCUGUUUUGGUAAAUCGAAAUUAUAAACACUGA